GUCUCUGCUGCUUUAAUAUGAGGUAGAAGCCCUGCGUAUUGCAAAACGUAAAGUCUGCUGCAAGUUUUCACAAAAUGUAAUUUUGCCAUUCGAGAACUCGGAAUAUCCAGAGCCAUAUGAAAUAUCCAAAUGACUUUUCUUCUUCUUCAGUAGCAUGAUUGCGUCACAGAUUCUGAAACUUGUCCUGUUUGGAGACGUCACGGCCGCACAGAAAAAUUGACAUCGUCGUUGCAAUAGCCUACCAGCUGUGAUGGCUACUGAGACCUGCAGCGUUUGGAAUGAAAGCACGAUGAGCUAAGCAGUGAAUACCUGGUUAUCUCCAGUGCAACCUUAGCAUAGCCCACUUGCUUGCGUAUUUACAAUGUCAGCUGUGCAUGCGUAAAGAAGUAUGAAACGCAAAUGUGAAAGAAAGCGAGAGUCGGGGAAAAGAGUCUGUGCAUCAAAGAGAGAAGAGGCGGAGCCGACCUCAGACGUUUAUAUCGGAAUAACAGAUCAACUGUAUUUCGCUAUUCUCCAGCACAAAGUCAGAAGCACCCCCGAGAGGCACUACUUUUGUAUUGACGAUGAGCUGUCUUAUGAGAACUUCUAUGCAGACUUUGGCCCCCUGAACUUGGCUAUGUUUUAUCGCUUCUCCUGCAAGCUGAACAAAAAACUGAAGUCCUUCACACUUGCAAAGAAAAAGAUCAUUUUUUACUCCUGUGGAGACAAAAGGAAACAAGCCAAUGCUGCCUAUUUGAUUGGAUCCUAUGCAGUAAUGAACCUCCAGAAAACACCUGAGGAGGCCUAUAGCCUGUUGAUGUCAAGAAAUGCUACAUAUAUGUCCUUCAGAGAUGCCUCUUUUGGAACUUGCAUGUACAAUCUGAAUAUUCUUGACUGUCUACGAGCUGUACACAAGGCGCUGCGGUUUGGAUGGCUUGACUUCUCCAACUUUGAUGUAGAGGAGUAUGAACACUAUGAGAGAGCAGAGAAUGGGGACUUCAACUGGAUUAUUCCUGAUAAGUUUUUGGCUUUCAGUGGGCCCCAUCCAAAGAGUAAAAUUGAGAAUGGCUAUCCGCUACAUGCACCUGAGGCCUACUUCCCGUACUUCAGGAAACACAAUGUCACCACCGUGAUCCGGCUCAACAAAAAGAUGUACGAUGCCAAACGCUUCACCGAUAUGGGCUUUGAGCAUCAUGACCUGUUCUUUGUGGAUGGCAGCACGCCAACUGACGCCAUUGUCAGCAAGUUCCUGCACAUCUGCGAGAAUGCAAAGGGAGCUAUAGCUGUUCACUGUAAAGCGGGCCUUGGCCGAACAGGGACCCUGAUUGGUUGCUAUCUGAUGAAGCACUUCAGACUUACAGCUGCUGAAGCCAUUGCAUGGAUCCGGAUCUGCAGACCUGGCUCAGUCAUUGGACCACAGCAGAAUUUUGUGGAAGAGAAGCAAAAUGGCUUGUGGGUGGAAGGUGACCUCUUCCGUGAGAAGCUGAGUGAGCAGGAGAAUGGCUCAAACAAGAUGGCUACCGUCACAGGCAUCCUGUCUGGUGUGGACGACAUCUCCAUCAAUGACUGCAACAAGAGCAGGCCGAGCAGGAAAGCAGGCUCAAAGCUGUACAAUGAUGAGGAUGAGAGCACUGCCAUCACUCAAGGCGACAAGCUGCGUGCACUGAAGAGCAGACGGCAGGCCAGAGCAUCCACAGGCUCCUUAUCGUUAAUUCUCCAGUCCAGUGCACAAACGGCAAAGCCCCAGAAGGAUGCUAGGAAGAGAAGCAGGACGUCACUUGGAGGAUCGAACACCGUUGGGAGCUCAUUCUCACACUCAAGGCUAGCAAGGUCCUUAGGCAACCUGAAUGUAAUUGCCAGUGAGACGGACCAAGCCAACACUGACCAUGUAGCCACCACUCGCAUCACUGUUCAGCAGUGGGACUGUAACUGCUUAAGCCCAACAAACCACAUCAACAACAACAGCAUCCACCAGCACCAUGGCCCACAGAAGCCUGGUCCAGCCCCCCUCAGUGCCUCUACACUCUGUGGGGCUGCCGUGGGCUUACAGCCCCCAUCACUCCAUAGCCAAAGCUAGAACACCUCUUCUGCGAUGAGCUAUGCAGGAACUGCAUUGAACUGAUCAUCUGGCAUAUUCUUUUUAAGGAACGUGCAUGAAUCUAACUCCUUUUUAAAGAAGAAAAACACACACGCAUAUAGCCUGCACCCAAGAGUUUUCCUUGAAAAGGACUACCUUUUAUUUUUUACUUUCUCAAUAAUGAAUGACUAGGUUAGGCCUACUAUGGUGUGGCUAAAGUGUAUUGACAAGUUCAGUAGUAGGCCCACCUGUUAUGUGUAAAUUGCAGUUUUUUAAAACGAAUGAAAAAAAAAAUGUUGGGUGAAAAACCUUUUAUUUUGCCACAGGUAACCUGUAAUAGCCUACUUUAAACUGUACAUAACCAGCAUUUGAUAAGCCUUGAAAAAAAUGGUGGUGUAAAUACGUGUAUAUAGCCUAUUUUGUAUCCUUUUUUUAAUCAUGAUUUCAGGGUCAGACAUCCUCAUAUUUUUCCGUUAUUUAAUCUGUACUAAUGUCCAGUGUAGAAUAUCAUAGCAGAUGUUUAAUAAAAACUCAUUCUGACCAGUC